AUGUCUUACAACAAUGACAACUCUGAUACCUACGGCUCCGGCUACGGUAAAAAGUCCUCGGACGACAACUACGGUGGUGAUUCCGACUCCUAUGUUGGCCAGAACACCAACAGCUAUGGAAGCGGUAAUCCUAGCGGUACUAGCUACGGAAACAAGUCAAACUAUGAUGAUGAUGACGACAGCAGCAAUAAGAAAGGAUCCACCGUCGGCAAGCUUAUGGAGAAAGCUGGUGACUUGAUGAACAAUGACAAGAUUGAGCAAAAGGGUCGCGAGAAGCAAGGCUACGGCAAUUCGUCCGACAGCUAUGGUAGCUCUAAGCGCUCCGAUGACAACGACAGCUAUGGCUCCAGCCGCAAAGAGACAUCCUCAUAUGGUGGUAACAACGAUAAUGACAGUUAUGGAUCUAGUCGCAAGGAAACCUCCUCCUACGGGGGCAGCAACAACAACGACAACGACAGUUACGGUUCAAGCCGCAAGGAAACCUCUUCUUAUGGAGGCAACAGCAACGACAACGACAGCUACGGUUCAGGCCGCAAGGAAACCUCCUCUUACGGCGGCAACAACAAUGACAACGAUAGCUACGGUUCCAGCCGCAAGGAAACGUCCUCGUACGGUAGCAACAAUGACAACGAUUCGUAUGGAAGCAGCCGUAAUAAAGAGAGCUAUGGCUCGGACUCCCGUGAUUCCAACACUAACACCUCUGGAUAUGGCGGGAACACUGGCGGAGACUCGUACGGGUCUUCGCGUCGUGACAACGACUACUAG